AUGCAUCUGUCGAGUGAAGUGAGUUCUACUACUAAUGGACUCGGACAUGAAGCGCCGUCUUCGAGUUACGGUGGUAGUGGUCUACCAAGUCAGCCGCUUACAGCUGAAAUACUGGCUGAGAGAACGCUGGAAGGACUUCUUGCAGACCAUCCUGGCGAACUUGUUAAGACUGGCAGUCCACAUGUUGUUUGUACAGUUCUACCACCGCACUGGCGGUCUAAUAAAACGCUACCAGUCGCAUUCAAAGUGGUGGCGCUGGGCGACGUGGGUGACGGCACUCUGGUCACCGUCCGCGCCGGCAACGACGAAAACUGCUCCGCUGAACUUAGGAACUGCACCGCCGUUAUGAAGAACCAAGUCGCCAAAUUCAAUGACCUCAGAUUUGUAGGCAGGAGUGGCAGAGGGAAAUCAUUUACACUGACGAUAAUGCUGGCGACAUCGCCGCCUCAAGUGGCGACGUACCAGAAGGCGAUCAAGGUGACAGUGGACGGGCCACGUGAACCACGCUCCAAGACGAGACAUCACGGCUUUCAUCCCUUCCACUUCGGACCUAGGUUCGCCCCAGACCCACUGAUGGGCUCGUUACCAUUCAAACUGUCAGGCAUAGCUCACCAGCUUGCAGGUCUACCGGGGGGCGAGUGGGGAGCGCUCGCACGUCACUACCCACCCCCUAUGCUGCCCUCACACGCGCACUUCACGCCCCAUGUACUGCCGGCUGCUCACGCGCAGCAUCCCCACAUACCUCCGCCGCCUCACGAGACCGAGGUAGCUUCAGAGACGCCGACCACUAUGAACGCGCACAGCACGACGAGCCCUGCCACGUCGCGGCCCGGUUCGCCGCAGGACGACGACAUCUCCGUCACCGCCUCCGACAGCCCGCCGCCCGAUGAACGGCCCGGCGCCUUUACGUCAGUGAGAACGAGAAAACCGCUGCAGCCCCUCCCCGCAUCAUCCAGCCUCUUCCACAGCGCUCUUGCCGCGCAACUCUUCCUAAACUCACCUCUUCUCCCAACUCCACCCGCAUGGCUCUACUCACAGCUCUACGGUGGAUACGACUGGUGGCUAAGACCACCCCCUCCACGAGAAGAUUCAAGUUCAAGCCCGGACCGAGAAGAUGAGGGUAGUUCCUCGAUUUCGGGAGUAGCAAAAAAACGACCCGCAUCCCCGGAAUGGCCCGACCAGGGCGUGAGAACACGUAGCAAGGCAAUGAUGACGCCGGAGAGACGGCCUAUAGACGUCUGGCGUCCAUAUUAA